UCCCCAACAUUUCCAUCGUUUUUCGUCUUCUUCUUCUUCUUCUUCUUUCCAUCACCUAAUUACCAACUAGUAAACUGAACAGUUGAGCAUCGGAAGAUAAACGCAUGGCUGCGAACGAUGAACGAUGUUGCAGGCCCAUGUUCUGGGUCUAUCUGAUCAUAUGCGGGGCCCUGGUAGCGUUUGCUGGUCUCAUGUCAGGUCUUACUCUGGGACUCAUGUCCCUCAGUCGACUCAAUCUCGAGGUCCUUGUUAAGGCCGGUCAGCCCCAGGAUCGGAAGAAUGCUGGUAAGAUCUUGCCUGUUGUGAAGAACCAACACUUGCUCCUUUGCACGCUCCUUAUAUGCAAUGCUUUGGCCAUGGAGGCGUUGCCUGUGUUUCUUGAUGCACUUAUUCCGGCUUGGGGCGCGAUUUUGGUAUCUGUCACACUCGUACUCUCAUUUGGAGAGAUCAUCCCUCAAGCUGUGUGUUCUCGUUAUGGACUCAGAGUUGGGGCAAAAAUGGUUAUGCUUGUUCGACUACUUCUACUAGUGUUCUUUCCCAUAUCCUAUCCAAUUAGUAAGAUACUGGAUUUUCUUUUGGGGAAGGAAAGCUCUACACUUCUAAGACGAGCAGAGCUGAAGACAUUUGUGCAUAUGCAUGGAAACGAGGAAGGGAGAGGUGGGGAGCUGACGCGUGACGAGACUACUAUUAUAUCUGGAGCACUUGAUUUGACGCAGAAGACAGCUAAAGACCCUAUGACUCCCAUAUCAGAAACUUUUUCCCUUGAUAUAACUGCUAAACUCGACAAGCAUACAAUGGGUUUAAUAACGAGCAAAGGGCACAGUCGUGUACCUAUCUACUCUGGAAGCCCAUCAAACAUCAUUGGUCUUAUUCUGGUUAAAAAUUUGAUCAACUGCCUCCCCGAAGAUGAAACUCCGAUUAGGAAUUUAACCAUCAGGAAAAACCCUCGGGUCUAUGAUUACUUGCCACUAUAUGCUAUUCUGAAUGAAUUCCAAAAAGGUCAUAGCCACAUGGCUGUUGUUCUGAAGGAUCACAGGAAAGAUACCAAGGCGAUCGUGGGAAAUUCAAGAGGGAUGACUAGCUUUUCAUUGACUGUAAAUGCAGCACGAAAUCCGUUUAAGAAGAAGAGGGCGGUUGGUGAGUCUAGUCGUGAGGUCAAUGCUUUGAAGCAUGAGUCCCGCGAGAUGAGGGCCAACAUAGAGACACUCCAAUCACAGCUAGAGUCAGCCCAUCUCAGCACCAAGGAGGACCGCCAACAGUUAUGUUCCCUUAGUGCGAGUAUGAACCGCGAGCUAGAGGAAGUUAGGGGGAUGAUUGCUAGCCUGAGUAGCAAGCUUCAGGGACAACAGGCCAGGCAAUUUGGUGAUAUUCACCAAGCUGAAGUUGUUGUUGUUGAGCACUUUCACCAAUCUCCAGAGUUUGAACAGGAGAGAAUUGAAGCGGUAGUACCUUCUUUGAAGAGGGACUUCAAACUAUGCCACCACUUUCUUCGAAGCCAAUACCUGGACAUUGACUUGAGCUCUAUCUUUCUUAGGUCAGUCCCAGACGAUCUGACCCGAGAAGUCGAGGAAGAGGCAACUACUCUAGAGGAGGUAGACAACGACGAGGACAAUAGUGAAGGCGGCAACGAGAAUGAUGACUAG